GCUAUUUUGAAUAUUGGAGUUUUAUGAAGAUAAAUAUUUCUGAAAGGUCGAAGAAAUUAAGCCACACGUAUGAAAGGAGAAAUGAAAGUCAAUUGCUUGGUGAAUUUUUUACAGUUGAUUUUUUUGGCUUGACCGAAUUUGGCGACACAAGAGACAGAAUGCAGGGACACAGCCGAAGCAGUUCGGAAGUGGAGGUUGCGCAAAUGCAGCCCAUAAGCACGGCUGGCUAAUAGACCAGCAUAGCCCAAGCCUGCCCCCGACAUCCCACAGCCAGACACCAGAUUCGUGAGUUGGCGUGACAUGGAUGUAAGUUUUACGAACGUAUUGGAGGGGGCUCGCCAGUAUUUUCAGGGACUGCCCGCGCCAAGUGUGAACGUUGGGUCUGGUUCGACUGAAAACGAUGGCUAUAAUAGCCAGACAAAAGCCGCAACGCCGGCUACCAAUGACACAAGGUAUGAUGAGAAUAAAUCUGAUAACAGAGAUAACAGUCACCUUAAUGACUCGUAUUGGAACUCAAGCGGUUCAAAUGAGCUACGUACAAUCGAGCCAUAUCCUCCGCAACCGACGCGAGUCGAAGUACCAGACACCAGGCCUGACGAUAGACCCGAGCAUAACGGCAGUCCUGGGAUUAGUUUGACAGAGAUGCAACCACCAAGUAGGCCCCAAUCUCAGAGACAGGACCAGCAGAAUGUCAAUUCUGUCAUUAAUCCGUCUCCAGUGAUACACCAAAUGGAACCGCCACUGAAACCACAUUCUCCUCCAGUCUAUCAACAAUUAAAUAACGUACCAAGAUCUUCAGCUUAUCGAGCAUCUGACAUGCUCAAUUCACACUCGACUUAUCAGCCAAAUGAACGUCCCACUUCAUCUCCUAUUACUCAGAGAACUCAGUAUUAUCCUAGAUAUCAUCAUCCGGAUAUUACAAAGAGUGCUCCAGCGCCCUUUUCGCAAAAUUCUGUUUAUCAAACACCACAGCCAACGACGUCAACAUCAUCGUCAACCACUCCACAUCAACCUGUCGCGACUCGAACUAAUCCUCCAGAGCAAGAUAAUUCUGUCGCUUUAUCACAUCGAUCAACAAAUCAACAAGAUCAACAGCCACAGUCACAAACUGCAAAUGUUUAUCCGGUGUAUCCAGCCAUAAAUAAUCAUGAGCAACCGAGCCGUCCAAGUGGAUUUUCAAAUUCUCAAACUCAAAUGCAACAAUUGCGUCAUCCAGCUGAUGGCACGAGUGUCCAUUCUGUUCCAGCAUCAUCGAAUAAUCCUUGCAGUCCUCGACACACUGGUCAGAGUUAUAUUCAGUCUCCCCACAACCAUCCUGGACAUAUUACGUCGCCACAUUUACCGGUAGCUUCUGUACCACCUCCAUCAUCGCUAUCUUCAAUUCAUGCAGUACCUCAACAGCAAGAACAUCCACCAUCACAUCAGCACCAUCAACAGCAACCUUUAGCUCAACCACCACCUCCACAACAACAACAACAACAACAGCAAUAUCAACAACAACCACCACCAUCUUCUCAACAGCAACAUCAUGCACCUCAGCAACAUCCGAUUCAACAACAUUCUAAUCGGAUAAAUACAUCCUCUCAUGAAAUGACUUCUUAUUCGAGUCGAGUGACGAACCCGUACCCUAGUUCUCACUCUUCUCAUAAUUCAGCGAUGAGUCAACAACAAAUGCCACCACCACAGUCAUCAUCGUCAAAUUAUCAUCCAACAGCUUCACCUCACGAAUUGAAUCAUCAUGCAAGUCCAUCACCACAGAGACAAUCACCGCACGUUCCAAUUGUGCACAAUCCACAUGCUAUUUCCCCUCAUCAUACUCCCUCGCCCCAUCACACACCCUCACCUCAUCAUACACCUUCACCUCAUCACAAUCCUUCCCCACAUACAACUGCUAACUUUCAACCCCACUCUCCCACAUAUCCUCCUCCCCCUCUCCCUACUCGGCCAUCAGCGCAUCCGUAUGGCAUUACAGCAGUAGCUCAGCAUCAUCGACCUGCAGCUAGUUAUCCAAAUGUGUAUCCACCACAUCAGUCUUCAUACCAUUCGUACCAGAAGAGUAUGCAAAGUGGAGUUUAUCCACAAGCAUCUAGAUCACAAUACGGGCAAUCUCCAGUACCGUCAUCAAUACCACCGCCAUUGCCACCACCUCCACCGCUGCCACCAUCGAACGCUAGUAAUCACAUCAAUGGGAUCUCUUAUCUUCCGCCACCGACUAAGCCUACUGUACACAAUGGCGCUGAUCCGAAGAGAAGCAGCUUUUCUACAAACCAAAUCAACUCCUAUAAUUCAUAUAGAAUGCCAUCAGCAGUUCAAAGGAAUUCUAAUACGCACAAUUUACCAAUUACUGCGGUGUCAUCCUAUCAUUCCAACAAAAGUUCGCGUGAAGCAGUAGGUAAAACACAGUCACUAUUGAGACAUCGAACACCAUCGAUUAUCGUACCUAGAAGUUCGUCAGGUGUAUCGCACUCUACUAUGUCUGUUCAUACUAGCAGAGCUCCAGAUUAUACGCUUAAUACUUCGUAUGGUAAUCACUCGACAGCUACCACGACUUCCGGUUACAGUGCGCAAAUGAGCCAUCGGAAUUAUGCAACAACUGUAGCUCCCAGUCAUCACAGUAAUUCUUCUAGUACUACAACCGUUACAUCGAUUAACUCAGACAGUCGACCUGCUGCAUCAACUGCCGUCACAGUUCAUGCACGAACGUCUUCCGAUUCAAAUAAUCGAUCAUAUCCAUCAUCACAGCCUCCUAAUAAUAACCAUAAUCCGGGAUAUAAGGAUUAUUUAUACUCAAAUUCUUCAUCGGUAAUAAGUCAACCGAGCCAACCUGUUUCGAGAGUUUCUCCAACGCCUCCUCAGGUCAAUGGAUUACCUUUGAGAAAACGAGAGUCACCACUGGACUUGUCAGUCAAAACAAUCAAGACUUCAGCUGACUCUACCGCUCGUGACGACUUGGAUAAUGGAUCUGCGGAUAAGCAAGUCAGCUCAAGUGUAGGCAAUUCAAGAAUCAGUAGGAGUAUGCCCCCACCACCUGUUCAACCAGCCGAUGUUCCUUACGUCACGUACGACUCGAGGAAUAAUGUGAGAAAUCCAAUGGCUGCGAAUUUACGACCGUCGACUCCACAAAUGCCAGUUUGUGCACCUAAAGUUGACUUUCUUCCCAAUUUCAACUCGACACCAGUUCGACAUCAUCCGCCAAGCCAGCCAAAUCAUGUCGAAAAUCCUCUUAGACGUAGUAGUUCACAAAAACUUUAUGUCCCAUCGACGCCAACACUGCAGAAUUCGAAUUCAAUGCCAUUACCUCACAUGUCGACAUUCAAAAAAUCUUCACUGCCUAACACUCCAUUGUAUAAUAAUAAAAUGUCGUAUCCGUCAGCAAGUGAAAUGACCAACAUACGUCCAACAUCGCGAUACUCAUCAAUGGAUCCAGCUAGACCAACACUGCCAGUGCAUGAGUAUCCAUCUGACAUUAAUAAGUAUUAUUUGGAUAGUAGAGGUAAACAUUCGAUUCCACAAGCGAGAGAUCGUGUUGCAUUAAAGCGUCCAAGCGAGCCCAUUUAUAUGGCUGGUGGUAGUGAACCAAGCAAACAACCACGUGUAGAUAAUUGGAAGCUAGCCAUUGACAAAGAAAUCCAACAAAAACUUGAAGCAGCUCGUGUGCUUCAUGAACAACAAAAGAGGCAUGAGAUGACCUUGCCACGGGCAAUGCCAAAUGGAACAUUGGUUUCACCGUCUUCGUUUAACCAGAGGGACAAUCCUUGCUCUCCAACUCCUAAAAGACAUCCAGCUUUCUGUGAUAAACGGACUUACCCGGAGUCCAAGAUCUCUCUAGACUCUGGAUCCUACAUUCAUUCGAAUGAAAAGUCAACUGGUGCUUCACUGUCGACAGGACAACCGACAACUAGUCAAGUGGCUUAUCCUCCUGGCUACCGACAACCUCCGAGAUCACCUUAUAGUACUCAACCGUUAGAUCAACCAAGUAAUACUGGUGCUGAUAAAAGAGUUCUUAGUUUACUCAGAAAUAGUUUAGAAAAUAAACAGCAAAGAGAAGAACAACUUAACAGUCAGCAACCUAUUUUGGUUAAUCACAGCCAGCAAAGCUUCCAAAAUAAAGUCGUAGCGCCAGUAGAGCCAAAGACUAACAUUGGUAGACACAAUCUCUCGCCGUUUACUGCAGCAAGUUUGUUAGAGCGUAACAGCAAUACUCCACCGCAUUACAAGUUCCAUGUGCCGAGGGCGGUAGACUCUAUCACUCAAGAAACCCCCCGUAGCUUGUAUGCCUCAAGAGUAAACUCAUCUGCUACGCUACCAGCAGGCAAGGAGGCACUGCUGGCUCCACGAGAACUUGAGAAUCAAAUUCAUCGUGAUAAGGAUGAUAGCCUUGCAGCCAUUCUAGCAGCCAAGAUUCGCACUAAGGCCGAGUUGAAACAGGUUGGAACUGGUCAGUUUACUUCGAAACCGGUGUCACUAUCUUCACAAGAUAUAUCCGCAACGCCAAGCGACUUUGAACGCGUGGCUUCAACGUCUACUCCACAGUCGAUAGCUUCAUCAGCAGGCAGUCCGCCAAAAUUAACUUGCGAGAAAGCCGCAUGUUUACCUCCUCGACGUAGAUUAUUUUCGCGGUGUGAAGAAGAAAAUAUGCCUGUCGCCGCAACAACGCCAGCAGCAGCUCCAAUCCCUGUAGUAGCAUCUGUAAUAGCUGCAAGAACAAGUGGCUUCCGUAGUUCCUCAGAAACCUCAGUGUUCGAUUUUCGUGAUAGUGACUCCGAAGGAGAAAUGCCGGUCCUUGAACGGCAAACACUCGAAGAGAUGCGAAGAGACCGGAAACAAUUGUCGAAAGUUCAACCGCCUGUACCUCUUGAUGAUGCUAUGUGUAUAGGAAUGACAUCGUGCAAUGAUCUCGUUAAAAUAGAGCUUAAGGAGAAUGACAAUAUUACUGAAGUGGAUCCUUUGUGGUCAGCAACCUGUGAUAAAUUUAUGGAACAAUUGAGAAGUGGUGAUGCUGUAAAGAAACGUGGGCGUAAAAGAAAAAUGGGUGAUAAUUUAAAGUCUGAUGAUGUUGACGAUGAAAGUAAAGACAGUAAUUCUCGGCUUUCAGAUAUAAUAAUUAAAACUGAAGAAAUUAAAAAAGGAAUAAAUGAUGAUGAGAUAGUUAAUAAAAAUGUUAAGGAACCUGUUGAUGAGACAAAGACUAGUAAAAAUGAUUUGGGUGAUGCAACAAAAUCAAACACAGAUGUGAAACCAAAACAAGAGGUAGAAGAAGAGGAAGAAAUAGAGGAAGAGAAACAUGAGAAGGAAGCGGAGGUGGAAGAGGAAGAGGAAGAAGACGAAAAAGAGGAUGAAGAGGUAGAAGAUGAUGAAAGAAAUGGCAAUAAUUCUGAUGAUGAAUCUGAAGAAUUUAAUCCUGUAAAACGUGUAAAUAAAAAGAAAGGAAAGAAAGAUGAUAGUGAUAUAGAUGAAGAAAUAAUAGUUAAAAAACGACAGAUUCGAAGAGGAAGUAGAAUUAAAUUAGAAUCAUCAAGUGCAAGUGAAUCUUCUAGUGGGGAUGAUAGUGAUGGUAGUGUAGAAAUUCCUAAAGGAUCUUCAGUAGCUCAUAGAUUACGGGCUCGAAAACGAUCUGGUAUUGGAGGAGCUGGAGAGAAUGAAGGUAUGAAAUUACGUUCAAGAGACACAGGAGUCAAGACAAAAGAGGAAAAGACUCCAAAAACUCCGGCAAAAAAUAAUUCAUCUCAAAAACCGAAACCUAAGCCAUUGUUUGGUGAUGGAAGUGAUUUUAGACCGGGUUGGGAAGAAGAAGUAUAUGUAUAUAAAAAAUCAUUAAGAAUGCCUCCACGUUUAAUAAGCGUCUCAAAGCCAUCUAGAUUCCACCGAUUAUCAACGUCUCUACCAGAUUUAGAUCCCGACUCCCCGGCACUUUCUGUGUCGAUGGAUAGUUCAGAUGUUUGUCUGCGAAAACGUACUGCUGAUAGUGAUCUCGACUCUAAUUACAGUUUCAGUAUUGUUGGAAGUGGAUUAGGUAGUAAAAUCGAUGAUGAAGAAGCCACUUCAUCUACUACCAUAUCAUGUCCUCCCAAAACGACAAGUUCAAGACAAACAAGAUCUGAGUCGAACUCUAUUGUUGAUCUGCUAGCUCGAAAAGUCGGAGGUAACAGCAAAAAAGAUGGUAAGAAAAAAGUGAAAGAUAAGUUUGAAAAAAGUGGCAAUAAAGUAUUGCCGAAGGGUAGUAAUGAACCGGAACUGUUGCCAACUCCGAGUUUUACUCCACUUUUAAAAAAUGAUAGUCCAUCUAAGGCUAAGGGAAGAAUACCGAUGAAAAAUAAUAAAUCAUCCAAGCUAAUUAAUGCACCAGAUUCUUAUCUGCUAGGCUAUUUCCGUAAAGAGACUGUUAAUAAUUUUAGAGAUACAUUUAAAAAUAAUUACGCACUGCCUAAUGAAUUUUCAACGUACGUUCUCAAAAGUAGAACAAGAACAGAGACAAGGGUGAUGAAGAAAGAAGCUACUAUAAGAGAAGUAUUCGGUGAAGAUCGUCCAGCAUCAGCUCCUCCUAUGCAAAAUCAUGCUGGUGAUACCUCGCAAGAUGAUGAUUCUCAAACGGAAACUAAAGACAUUAUAUUAGGUAGAACUAAGACAUUAAAACAGAAGGUUGUUAAUCGAUUAAGAAAUGUCGGUAUUUUGAGAAGUAAUAAGGCUAUUCUUAAUUCUAAACGACAUUUUUUAACUGCUCAAAGACGGAAAUAUUUAUUGAAAUCACUGACGGAGAAGAAAUUACAGAAUUUAAAGAAAGAACCGGAAGUUGAGGAAGAAGAAGUUGCGCAAGAUGAGGAGGAUGACGAACAAGAUGAAGAUGAAACGGAAGUGAAUGAACCUAAUGUCGAUAAUAAUAACGAUGGAACGGAGAUAUCGAGUAAAAAGAAACUUAAAUUGCGCACUGGACGUCGGAAAUUUCGCUCCGGAUUUGAUUACAUUCGUAAGAAGAAAAAACCGUUAAAAAAGGAUGAAACAACAUUAAAAGAACGGAAAAAGACGAUCACACGACCGAAUGCUGAGUGCGUUGCAGAUAUCCAGUCAGAAAUCAGAACUUGGGUUAUUAAGAAAGGAGUUGGAGAAACUAUUCUACACCGUGCUGCAAGACUUGGUUAUGCUGAUGUUACUGCAUACUGUUUAGAAAAGUUAAACAGUCCUCCAAGUCCCAAAGAUAAUGCCGGAUAUACUCCACUUCAUGAAGCUUGCGCUAAAGGACACUUAGAAAUUGCUAAACUUUUACUUGCAUAUGGAGCUAAUGUUAGUGAAAGCGCAAAUGGUGGAAUAAGACCUCUUCAUGAAGCCGCAGAAAAUGGUGCUACUGAACUUGUAAGACUUCUACUUUCAUAUGGUGCUGAUCCAUUAUUAGCAACUUAUGCCGGUCAAACACCAUUAUUGUUGGCCGUGGAUACAGAUGCUCAUCUACUUCUCAAGCAGCAUUUGGAUGACAUUCAAGGCCGUUCAAGUGUUCCUUGGAGUUUCGGCGGCCCUUCUUCCAUAUUUGAUCCCAAGGAGAAUGGAUUUAAUCCUUUGGAUGAUGCUCCUUCACCUGACAGCCCAGAAUCAGAACUUGAUGAAAUAGAGAUAGAAGUAAGCGAAACUAAUCUUCCUGUUCUCUAUCAUAUUUGCUUCUCCGACGAAAAGUGGGUGCUUACCCAAGAUUUGAUGGCUGCUUUAAAAAUAAAGAGUCGUGAUGCUUUAUUGAAACAAUUGAAUCCAAAAGCACCAAUGGGGCCCCCCGGAAUUGUACAUCAUAGUAUCUAUAAGGAAUUUACACUCGAAGAAUUUUUCGAAUUUGUAAAAUGCUGUCAUGUAGCAAAUGCUGGUCAAAAAAUAAAUGUACGGAGCUCCAAAAUAAGUUUUAUUCAAUACAACGAUAAAGUUAGGUCACUGUUAAACGUCGAAAAGGUUGUGAUCAAUUUGAGGUGACAGGAGGCGUCAUUGGAGAGUUCAUCUCUUCAAAGUACGCCUUCGACAUCGAUUUCGGGAAAAUCUAAAGUUAAAUCCGUGAAUAAAGCUCUAUUUAAAGAAACAUUGAAGCGUGACAAGUUGAAAAAAAAAUAGCUCAUAGGAUUACUUUUAAAAUAAUUCAAUUAAUUAUAGUAAUAAACUGCGAUAGUGAUUAAUUAAGAACUUUCAAUAAUGCGACAUUCAAAUGUCUUUUAGUUAUGUUUUUAUUAUGUAAAUUGAUAUUUAUUUUAUUUUAUUUAUAUAAUUUUCUGUAAUGAUUUAGAGUAAAUGGUGCAAAAGAAAUUAGGAAACAAUAAGAAGGUGCAAUGUAAUUACUCCGAGUGUCAAAUAAUGAAUGAAUAGUUGGUAAUUAAUAAAUAGUUAAGUAUCAACAACAGCGACUUGAAAUUGUUCGAGAAUAUUUAUUGGAAAAAUUGUAAUUUUUAAUAUUAUAAUAAUGAUCUAACAUUAUAUGCCUCGGCGGCUGAUUAAUUAAGAAUUUUAAUCUAACGCUUUCAUUAGAGAAAAACUGCCGCUAUGACAAUAGAACUCACGUAAAUGUUAUUAUAAAAAGAUUUGCUAGAAACUCCUUUGGUGAUAAAUAAAUAAAUUUUAUUGAUAAAUGAAGAAAGAUUGACAAAUUUAUUGGGUAAUUGUGGCAAUAUAAAUAUGGAUAUAUAAAUACAGAUAACUAUAAAUAAAAUAAAAUGUUAAUUGUAAUCAUAAAAGGACAAUGAUAAAUCUUUUUAUCAUAACAGCGACCGUGGGUUGUUAUUUCGUGAAGGAUCAGAAAGAUAAGGGGUAAAUAAAACCACUACUAUAACCAAUGUUACCCAACAAUUAUUAUUUAUAAUAGGUUGAAAUUGUAUUUCUUAAAUAAUUGAGUAAAUAAUGCAAUUAUUAUUAGAUAUUUUAAUAACGACUAAUCAAGUGUUUUAUAUGUUAAUUUCGGUGCAACGCGGCAUUUAUAAAUUGGGAAGUGCAAUUCGACAGUUUAAAUAUUUUACAUUUAAUACUUUUUAUUGAAAAAAACUGUUGAUUUUAAACCAAUUAAUUCAAUUAUUGAUUAAUUCAUAAUGUUUUUAUUGAUCCGUAAAAUAUUUAUUGUGCAAUAAAGUUAACAGCUUUUAUUGAAAGUGUUUGCGCAGGAAUUUUAUUAUUGGUCGCGUGUUGUUACGACUUAUGUUUAAUGACAGUAAGACCCUUGUAUUAUACAAUAAAUUUAUUAAUAAUUUUAUCGAAAAAAAAUUUUUUAUCAAUUUUUCUCAUGUACUUAUAGACUUUACUUCAAUGUCAAUUAAAAAUUUCAUUUAAUGACUGCAAAAAAGCUCUAGUUGAAAUGUAAUUAUUUCGCAAGCUUGUAAUUAUAACGAAAAUAAAAACUAUUGUAAUUAUCAUUAUUGCUUCGCUGUAGCAAAAAAUACGAUUAAAAUAAUAAUCAUCAUUUCAUCUAGAAGAAAGAGGAAAUUUAAAUUGUUAUAAUCAGUCUCAGGGAAAUCUAUAUGUAAACUCGAUAGCUAUACAUAAAUUAAUUGAUAUGAUUAAUUAAUAGGACUAACUUUAUGAAACAUAUAAUAAACGUGACAAAUGUUUAAUUAUGUAUGUAUGUAUCAUGUAUCACUGUAUAGCAAAUACGAUUAUCUUCCAUGGUUAGAAGACUAUUAUAUAGUGCACACGAGGUUUAUAUAAUUUACUGAUUGUAUUGGCAGUUGUAAAUACCAACUAUUUUGUGAAGUUACACAAAGGAAGAAACAUAAUAUACAGAUUAAAGAAGGAAAAAAUUAAAAAACGUUCCAUUGAAAUAAUUUUAGUAAUUCUUAUGACAAAUUGUAUGUAAUGUAUGUAUCUAAUGUCAAACAAUGAGAUAAGUGUUAUGAAUUCCUGUUUAUGUAUCAGUUACUUGCUCUCGUGUACGUAGGAUUGUAUUAAUGUUACGUAGAUAAAUGUGAUUUGCUGAACAAAAUUCGCGUGGAUAGGAUGAAUUGCUCGUGUAUAUACAUAAUUUAAAUUAAAAAACUAUCACGCGAUCAUUAUUCGCUUUUUUAAUGUACUAUAAUUAUCCAUAGAUACAAUUGAUGUAAAUUUUUCUUAGAUAUUAAUGAUAUUUCUGCUGAUAUUUAUAGAUUCAGAUAAUAAAUAAAUUGUGUGUUAAUGCUAUUGCUUCAUUAAAUAAAAAAUAAAUAAUUGAA